AUGGCCUCAACAAAAGCAUUCAUGGACGCCGUCCGCGUCCGCCGCUCCAUCUACCCUCUCAGCAAGGAUAUCCCCAUCCCCGUCUCCCGCGUCCAGGAACUCAUCAAAGAAACACUCCUCCACGUCCCCUCGUCCUUCAACUCGCAGACCACGCGCGUGCUCCUCCUCGUCGGCGCCGAGCACGAGAAAUUAUGGGAGAUUACCAAGAGCAUCUUGAAGCCUAUCGUGCCUGCAGACGCGUGGGCGGCGACGGAGGGGAAGAUGGAUAUGUUUAAGGCGGCUGCUGGAACGGCCCUCUUCUUCGAAUCCCGCAAAGGCGUAUCAGAAAUGCAAGCCAAAUUCUCCGCCUACGCGGACAAAUUCCCCGGCUGGGCAACCCAAUCCGACGGCAUGCACCAGUACGUGUUAUGGACGGCGCUCGCGAACGAGGGACUCGGAUGUAACUUGCAGCAUUACAAUCCCUUGAUCGAUCAGAAGGUUACGGAGACGUGGGGCGUGGAUAAGGAUUGGGAGUUGAAUAGUCAGUUGGUGUUUGGGAAGCCCGGGGGUGAGGCGGGGGAGAAGAGCUUUAUGGAGGUUGAGGGGGAGAGGUUUAGGACGUUUGGUGCGUAG